AUGCUCUCUCUGGGCUGGCUGUUUCUUUGCUUUGUUGCAGGAGAGCAGACCAUGGGAUUUGAUCAUUCAGCUUGCGUCACCAAAAGACUUCUGUGGAUAUAUCCCAUGAACGGUGCAGAGGAGUUUGUCCUAUUUUGUGAUUUGCCAGAGCCUCCGAAAUCACAAUUCUCCCAUAUAAAUCAACUGCCACCAACUCAAGGCCCCGCCCACAUACCUUGCAGUGGUAAUCAGAACCUAUCUGACGUCCAGUGGUACAAGCAACCUCAGCGUGGAGGUCCACUAGAGGAGAUCCAUAGAAACUUUUCUCACGAGAGGACAGACAUGCUGCGGCUAUCGGCCCCACAGAUAAACAAUGUUGGGUCUUUUAUCUGUAGACCCAGACUUAGGCGCCCCCAGGCUACGGCUUGUUGUAUCAAGACCAUCUUCGAACUUAAGCCUCAGAGAAAUGUAUCCUGUGGGAACCCAGCUGAGCACACGCAAUACCUAUUUCUUGGGAGCACUGGAUCCAUUUACUGCCCCAGUCUCAGCUGCCAAAGUGAUGUCCAGAGUCCAGAGAUGACCUGGUACCUGGAUGGAAAACACCUGCCUGGGCAUAAGAACAGCAUCCUUAAGUUGGAAGAUGUUUAUACAGAUGACCAGGGCUUGUAUGUGUGUGAUUAUACUCAGUCGGAUAAUGUGAGCUCCUGGACAGUCCGAGCUGUCGUUCAUGUAAAAACCAUUGUUAAGGACAUCAACCUGAAACCAGACAUUCUGGAUCCCAUCACAGACACUCUGGAAGCGGAGCUUGGGAAGUCUUUGACUCUAUCCUGCAGAGCACAGUUUGGCUUCCAAAAAGACGUCCAGCCUGUAAUGAAGUGGUAUGCCAAAGAAUCUACUCAGGAGCAGGAAAUUCUAGGAUCUAAGAAGGAAUGCCCUGAAUCCAAUUUCAAGAACACAGUCAUUGAAUACACCAUUGUCCUGACGACAGUCACUCAAAGAGAUCUUAGCAGCAAGUUUGUUUGCUUUGCCCAGAACUCCGUUGGGAACACCACACGGACCAUCCAGCUGAGGGAGAAGAAGGGGGUGGUAUUUGUAUACAUCCUCCUUGGCACAGCCAUGGCGCUGGUGGGCAUUCUGGUCUCGGCUGCCUUUCUCUACUGGUACUGGAUUGAGAUCGUCCUGCUGUGCCGAGCCUACCGGAGCAAGGACGAGACUCUGAAGGACAAGAAGGAGUUUGAUGCCUUCAUAUCCUAUGCAAACCAGAGUUCUCCUGAGAGUGAAGCCAUCUGCUCACCGAGUGAGGAGCACUUGGCCCUGAAUCUUUUCCCUGAAGUACUAGAAAAGAAAUACGGAUACUCCCUGUGUUUGCUUGAAAGGGAUGUGACCCCGGGAGGAGUGUAUGCGGAUGACAUUGUGAGCAUCAUUAAGAAAAGCCGAAGAGGAAUAUUUAUCCUGAGUCCCAGCUAUGUCAAUGGACCUUGUGUCUUUGAACUGCAAGCAGCCGUGAACCUUGCCUUGGUUGAUCAGACCUUGAAACUCAUUUUAAUUAAGUUCUGUUCCUUCCAAGUGCCAGAAUCUCUCCCGUAUCUUGUUAAAAGAGCUCUCCGGGUUCUCCCCACAGUCACGUGGAGAGGCUUGAAAUCAGUCCAGCCCAGUUCCAGGUUCUGGACCCAGGUAUGCUAUCACAUGCCGGUGAAGCGCUCCCGCAGGUUUAUGUGCAAUCGCCUCAGCAUUAUCCCUGGGGGCUUCUCCCCUGAAAAGGACCUAACCAGAGAGACAUCAUCGGGAGGAGCAUCCGGCUCAGGGAACAGCCACGGAACCCGGAACCUCCUUCUCUCCAGCAUCCAGAAGAGGUGCUGA